CUUCUGUUUAAUAGUAAAUCAUUCUCAUGAGACUCGCGCAGUAGUGGAGAUGAUGUGCUUGUUGUAGUCUGUUUUCUGGGAGUUGUAGUUUUGACUAGUUCCUGCUGCUGGUUUGGAGGAUCUGGAUCCACCUAGAGCUUCGAUAGCUCCUUCUCCUCUCUGCUCUUCCUCCUCCUUGGUCCUUAUAGUCGACCUCAGCUUUCAGGGGUCAGUGAUAAUGUUAUUAAUGAUUGUAAAUGUCUGCUUUAUGUGUUUAUACUGUAUAUUUUUUUUAUAUAUAUGUAUCAAAAAUGUAAUAAUAACAAUAAUAAUAACAAUACUACUACUACUACUAAUAAUAAUAAUAAUAAUAAAACAAGAAGGACGAAUAAGGAAGGAGGUAUCUUAGCCCAUUUUCGGACGGAGCCAAAGGCUCUACGUCAUCAUUCUGCGACAGCCCACAUGCUCGCUUUUUCCUUUCCAUCUUUGGACCAGGUGUGCGGUGCUGAGAGGGUGUGUCUGGUGGUCGUGGCUCCUCAUUGGUCGGUCUUAUGAUGAGUGACAGUGAGGAGGACGUGCCCACUCUGUCCACUCACACUCUGGCUGCGCUGCAGGAGUUUUACGCUGAGACACUGGGCGUCCAGAGCCUGGACCCUGAACCGACCCAGCAGUUUGCAGUGGGAGCCCUGGGGGAGGACUGGGGCCUGAGUCAGUUCUGGUACAGUGAGGACACGGCCAGGCAGCUUGCAGAGGAGCUGGUGCAGGAAGCAGGGCCUGGAGGAAGGAUAGCAUGUGUGAGCGCGCCCAGUGUUUACCAGAAGCUGAAGCAAGGUGUGGUGGCUGGGUCAGAGGACGUGUCAGUGCAGCUGCUCGAGAAUGACCGUAGGUUUGCCUCGUACGGCGACGACUUCAUCUUCUACGACUACCAUCAGCCCCUGGCUUUGCCCGCCCACGUCCACCCGCACAGCUUUGAUGUGGUCCUGGCUGACCCGCCGUACCUGUCCCACGAGUGUCUGAGCAAAGUGGCUCAGACGGUGCGUUACUUGAGCAAAGGCAAAGUGCUGCUGUGCACUGGGGCAGUGAUGCAGAGUACAGCCAAAGAGUUGCUGGAUGUGGACAUGUGUGACUUCCUCCCUCAACAUCACCGUAACCUCUCCAAUGACUUCCGCUGCUACACCAACUACCCCUCUUCUGGGCUGUCGGCCGGGGCCCCCUCCGGGAACACUUAAGUGCAGUGCACUCACAGGCCCAGUCAUGGCAGGACAACACUCAACCUCUGGGACGAUACGAUUAUUGAAAGAAAAAAUGGCUUCAACGUGACCAUCUUUUAUUUUUAUUAU